GGGCUACAAUUUUUCGCUGUUGAGGUGGGUGUGGCCAGAUAAUGAUACCGCCUUGAGAUGCGCUGGCAUCAAAGGAAUGUAAGGCUUUAUAACCUACAUUUCUUCAUAAAUAGCGAAAUAGUGCAUCGAUUUAACUUUUUGGUAAAUCGAUAGAUAUUCACAAUAUAUAAUACAGGGUGACAAUAAAUAACCCGGACAAGCUUUGAAGCAAUCUAUUGUAAAUGUGUUAUGAUGCAGCCCUUAAAUAAAUGCAUUUAUCGAUAGCUUUUACUUUUCUGAAAGAAAUAUAUUUACAUUUUUGUGAUUGCCAUCAAUUUGAUAUUUGUUUCGGGAUGUCUAACAAUCGUUGUGCAAUUUUAAAACUGUUUAAACAAGGAAAUCAAUCAAUGCGACAUUGUUCGUUUGCUUGGCAUACCAAAACAAACGGUCUCUGACGCUAUCCGGCGAUUUAAUGAGCUUGGCCAUGAAGGUGACCGUCCCAGACGAGGCACACAAUGCACCGCUAACACUUCCAGAAUUCGCCAGAUCGUGAAAAAGCGGGGCACUCGGAAUUGUAGAGUCAGAAAAAUAUCCCGUGAAAUCGAGAAAGUGUUCGGUUGAUUGCAAAAAAUGAACUUAAUCUCAAGCCCUACAAGCUCCAAAAAGUGCAUCUUCUUACAGAUGACAAUAAGCGCGUGAGACUCCAAAGAUGCCGCCAGCUAAAGCGUCGGCGCACAAUCACCAAAAUGACAGAAGCUGGUCGGCUGAAGCUCCAGAAUCUUCUGCAAUAAUCGAGCGCCGUCAAUGUGAACAGUCUUUAAUGGUUUGGGGAGGAAUAUGCGCAACCGGCAAAACACCCCUUGUUUUCAUCGAUCAAGGGGUCAAAAGCAAUCAGGAAGUGUACCGCCGGGACAUUUUGGAAACUGUUGUGAUUCCUUGGGCCCAGCAGCACAUCGGUGAUACGGAGUGGACGUUUCAACAGGAUUCAGUGCCAGGCCCAUAGAGCCAAAUUAACUCAGGACUGGUGCAAAGCCAAUUUUCCGGACUUUAUCACAUCCGAUGGACUAUAGUGUGUGGUCUAUUUUCGAAUCCAGGGCAUGUGAUAAACGCCACAUAAGUUUGGAGGCGCUGAGGCAAUCAUUGCUCCGAGAAUGGGUUCCAUUAUCGAAAGAAGACCUGCGGCCCAUUGCGCUAAAUUUCCAGAAACUUUUAGGGUUCUGCAUAGCAGCCCAAGGAAGCCACUUCAAAACUGGCUGAAUAUAUGUUAACACAAUACCUAUUUAAUAGUUGUGUAUCUGCAUUUUUUCUCAAAUACAGUUCCUUAAAAAGUUAUGAUCAAAAAUUUUUUUCUGGGUUAUUUAUUGUCACUCUGUACAAGGUCAAACGAGGACAUACACUAUGAUAUUCUAGACGCCACAGUGGGUUUGUGGGCGUUAGAAUAGGUC